UCUCCUUUUCUUGUAUGGCUGCAGCGUAGGAAGGGGGAGUGGCUCACCUCAAGAGCUGUCUCAACUUUCAGCCAUAAUAAGAAAUAUCCAGUGCAGUGGAGACUCUUGUAGGCUCUGUACACAUCUAGGUGAUAUUAACUGAUAAAACAACUCACGCCAUUCUUGGAAAAAUGUCGCAAGAGCAAUCAGACGAUCCCAACACUCAAACCCCAACCACUGACGAUAACUCACCUCUGCUACAAGCACUCGAAAAUGGACAAUUUGAUACGUUAUUCGAUCUCCUACCCCCCACUGUGGACCCCCCACUAAGCCUACCUCCCACAGUGGACCCCCCACUAAGACUUGGCCCCGACCAACUCACCCCCCUGCACUAUGCCUGUCAGCACGGUCGUCUCGAUAUCGUGGAAAAACUUGUCACUGAUUACAAAUACGACCUCCAUCAGUUAGGGGGCGUGGCUCCGACCCCGUUACAAGUGGCAGCUGCCUGUGGAUCUACCGACAUAGUGGAUUACAUUUUAGCCAAUGGAAUGGACUCGUCAUUAAAAGGGGGUGUGGUUGGGCCACUUCAUAUGGCUGCUGAUAACGGACAUUUGGACACUUUGAAAUCUCUCGUUCAAUCGAAAAUAUCUCGAAUUUCAGUUGCCGAUCACGAUGGCAACACACCUCUGCAUCAUGCGUGUGCACACGGUCAUCUUCACGUUGUUGCCUACCUCUGCGAUGAAGCCAAACAUCCGCUCUCCAUCGGCAACAAGAAAGGGGAAAGCCCCCUACACAUUGCUGCUAAGCACUGUCACACGGCAAUAGUCAAAUACCUCAUCGAUGAGAAACAAUGUGAUCCUGCGGCCAAAGACGGUCGAGUUGGGAGCACCCCCCUUCACUUGGCCGCUAAGAGUGGCUCCUUGGAAAUUGUCAAAUACCUAGCCAACGAGAAAACCUGCAAUAUCGAGUCGAAAACCUAUAGCAAUAAUCGAAAAAGAGCAGCUAGCAUAUCUUCGGGCAAGACUCCACUCCAUUACGCUAGUUUUGGGGGCCAUAAAGCCGUAGUGGAGUACCUAGUCAACGAGCAGAUUUGUAAUCCUCGAAGCACAGAUGACGAUGGUAUGACUCCCUUCCACCUGGCAUGUCAGGAAGGGCGCAUGGAAAUCGUACAGUUUUUUCUCAAGCUCAACAUUAGCGAAUUCAGUAAACUGACAACAGAGGAUGGACGUACAUUAUUGCAUUGCGCAGCUCUCAGCGGAAACACUGAACUAGUGAAGCAACUGGCAGAGAACAGCAGUUUCAAUUUGAAUGCGAUGGACACGGAAGGACGUACGGCUCUUCAUUAUGCUGCAAGAAACGGGUGUACUGAUAUUGUGCAACUGCUAGUCGAAGAACUCAAAUGCAAUAUCAACAGUGUCGAUCAAACUGGAACCACGCCUCUUCACUUAGCCGCCAAGUUUGGGCAUUUGGAAACAGUCAAGUACCUGUUCAGUAAUAGCCAGUGCAAUGCCUCUAGCACUGAGGAGCACGGAUACACUCCACUUCAUCUGGCUGCCUAUAAGGGAAGAUUGGAAAUUGUCCGUUACAUACUAAACGAGAAGCUGAUACCCGUUAUGUGCCGAGACAAGACUGGACGUACCCCCCUACACAUUGCCGCUUUAGCAGGGGGUCUAGAAAUGGUGAAAUUGCUCGCUAAUCAACCAGAUUGCGACCCCUCCUGCAUAGACAAAGGCCUCAAAGCCACCCCACUGCACAUGGCCUCAGGCUCUGGACACUUGGACAUCGUCCGCUAUUUUGUCGAGGAGAAAAAUUUGAACCCAUCAUGCACUGAUAAGUUCAACUCUACCCCUGUGCAUCGAGCAGCUGCCAGUGGACAUUUGGAUGUCGUUCGCUACUUUGUUGAUGAGAAACAGUGCAACCCUGUUGCUAAAAACAAGUUUGGGAAUUCCCCUCUGCAUCUAGCCUGCCAGAAGGGGCAGUUGGCGAUGGUGAAACUACUUCUUUCCUACUCAAAAGAAAACAUGACGCUCAGAAACCAAGUCGGUCGAAUGCCUCUCGAUCAAGUCACUAAUUCUGAAAUUCUCGGCGAGUUCCUUCAAUUAGGAGUUGACCCCUCGAAAAGUUCCAUAACAUCUCGAUUCCCAUACCUGAAACAUUGGAACCAAUUCUCUCCUGCUGUCAAAGUUUUCAUACUUGGAGAUUCAGGUGUUGGCAAGACAACACUCGUCAAAGCCCUACAAGGAGAAGGCUUUGUCACUGAAUGGUUAUCGGGGAGAUUUCAUCGCAUUGGAUCUGGAAACGGGGAUUCGAUUGGAAUCAAUGUUACGACAUUUGAGAGCCGGCAUUUUGGGAAGGUUGUCUUGUACGAUAUGUCUGGUUACCCUGGUUACUUUGCCGGUCAUUCUGCUGUGCUAAAAUUGGCCUGUCGCGAUUCACUUCCCAUUUUUAUCACCAUGGUGGAUCUACGCACAACCCCUACAGAGAUUGAACACUCUAUCAGAUAUUGGUCGCAGCUUGUAGAGAUGUCACUACCGAAAGAAGCCCCAAAAUGUGUUGGCAUUGUGCUAGGCAACCGUGAAAACGAUCUCACCAAGGACGGAUCGAAACAGAAGCCAGCUUUGCUCGAGAAAGCCACUCAAAGUCUCAGUGAAGUCUUACAGUACAAGGGAUGGUUGACUAUCGAUUGCCGCCGAGUUGCCUCCACAAAUAUGCAUAAAUUGCGUCAACUUCUCUCUCAAACGUGCGAUGAAGUGCGAGCAAAUUUCAAGCCAAGUUUUGAAUGCAGUCUCCUUCGUUCGUUCAUGCAGCACAAGUUUCAGAGCCCCAUAAUCAUCGAGUACAGAGAUCUGUUUGAGUACAUCACACACAGCGACAUACCUUGCAUCAAGCAGAACGAAACGCUCUACAGAACAUGUCAAAUGCUCCACUCUCGAGGCUAUCUUCUCUUCCUACCCGAUGGCCAAUCUCCUGAAGCUGGUUGGAUAAUUUUGAACCAAGAGGCCGUUUUGUCAAUGAUUCAUGGAUUCCAAAAACUUGUCGAGCUCACAAACAAAGUUGGACUCUUACCGGUAUCACAAUUAGAGAAGACACUAGGAGCUAUGGGCUUCAAUCUCACACUGGUCAUUCAAUAUUUUCUGAGGAUGAAAUUUUGUCUCCGAGUUGUGGACAGACGUGUUCUCUACUCGAUUGUCGGAUUUGACCCCCCGAACCCUUUGGAAGACCACUUGUUCUUUCCACAUCUAAUUACCGGGGACAUCCCCACGGACAUCUGGUUGCCUAGUGAGGACUGGGGUCGCUGCUUUGGCUGGAAAAUGGAGUGCGUUGAAUCAGUUUGUUUCUUCACUCCUCGAUUUGUCCAAAUGAUCGUCCUCCGAAUAGCCGCACUGUUUCCGUUCAAUACUGACCCAAAUUCUCCGUUUCCCACACGUAAACAGCUGACUCAUGUCUGGAGCCGUGGGCUUUCAUGGAUGGACAGUCGAGGGAUUCAAGUGUUAGUCGAUCUAGACCCUAACUCCACGACUGCCACCGUUCUAACUCGAUGCAAGAAAGACGCCACUUGUGAGAUGGAUUACUACCAGUUAAGGGGACUGGUAUUGAAGGAGAUGCGAUUGAUAAAAGAUAAAGUAUGCCCCAGAGCACAAGUCAAGGAGUGUGUGCUCCUUCCUGUAAUGGCUGCCCGGUAUCCAUCACCUACGCCCAACCACACAGUGUGUACCAUGGAGGAUAUAGCACAGACACUGCUCACUCCUGGAGCUGACUUAGUCCAGUGCACACAUCGUACGAUUGCUUCAGAUAUACCAGAGUCUGAUACAACACUAGAUCAUGUGACUCUUAGCGAUAUUGUUGGAUUUGAAGCGUAUACUUUACUCAAUGCUGUGCUACUCAAGGACCUACUCACUAAAGACGAUAAUUUGUGCCAACUUUCAGAGGCUGAUUUGGAACAAAUUGCAACCGAUUUUAGUGCAAGUGAACUCGGUUUGAUUUCGUUAGCAAGAAUACUCCGAGUAGCUAUGACAACCAGCUCUAAUGUGAGCAGAACGGAUAGUAUUUUGUCUCUCCUGAAGAAGUGGGCCAGUAAAGAUGGCGGUGGUAGUGUUUGUGCGUUAAGGGAAUCUCUGGGGCAGUACAGUCUGUUUACUGGUCACCAUAUCAACGUCAUGGUGCCUGAGGGUGUGAGUACACACACACACUGAGUGCAGACCCCCAUCCCUCUAGCUAAGAACUGAACUAAAUCCAACAAUUAUUGUCAUCUUUAAUUAAUUCUUCAUUAAUUUUUGGUAUCAUAAUUAUAUUUGCAAUUGUCGAGUGAUUGUUUGAAACAAACAUUAAUUUUUCCAACAACAAGAUAA